GUAUUUUGGCCUUCGGCGGUUCCCAUUGUGGCUCCCCGGCGCGAAACGGAGCCGGCGACAGCGGCUGCCAACCACUGCACAUUGCGGGCAGGCGAAUACACACCCCGCCGGCCCAGCCACUCGGACUCCCGGAAGCGGAAAAGGAGCGCGGCCCGGCCUGGGCGACGGCGGCACUGGAGGAGGCGGAGGAGGAGGAGGGGGAAGAGCCGCUGGCGGCCGCGAGACCAACGGCGGCGAGAGGAGAGCCAGCCAGUGCCGAUUCUCAUGGAGAACUGUUAUUGAAGAGAGAGAUCCAUUUGUUGGAAUGUAAUAAAAAAGAAUGAAUCAAGACAAAACCUCUAAAUGCAAGCACCAGAAAAAUUACAACAUAUCACAGUGAAUUUGCAAGUGCCACGCCUGGUAGAUAUUACCUGAGUGGAGUGAUCCUGCAACUCUACCAGUUACCUGUUUCUGUUUGAAAUCUGAUUUGAAGUUCUUGGGAGACUACUGUUUUCUUCUCUACAAUCUACUUGUGAAGAUUAUGUGGCACUAAUUUUCACUGAUCAGGAUCAUCUCUCCUUGUGGGUUGGCAGGCAGUUGUAGGACUGCAAAAUGGGUCUCCGGAUUCACUUUGUUGUUGACCCACAUGGUUGGUGCUGCAUGGGUUUGAUUGUUUUUGUCUGGUUAUACAAUAUUGUUAUAAUUCCCAAAAUUGUCCUCUUUCCUCACUAUGAAGAAGGACAUAUUCCAGGCAUAUUAAUAAUAAUCUUCUAUGGCAUUGCCAUAUUUUGUCUGGUUGCCUUAGUCAGGGCCUCAGUAACUGAUCCGGGAAGACUUCCUGAGAACCCUAAGAUUCCACACGGAGAAAGGGAGUUCUGGGAAUUAUGUAACAAGUGUAAUUUGAUGAGACCAAAGCGUUCCCAUCACUGCAGCCGCUGUGGCCAUUGUGUUAGGAGAAUGGAUCAUCACUGUCCAUGGAUUAACAAUUGUGUUGGUGAAGAUAAUCAUUGGCUUUUUCUGCAGUUGUGUUUCUACACUGAACUUCUUACUUGCUACGCACUGAUGUUUUCUUUCUGCCACUAUUAUUACUUUCUUCCACUAAAAAAGCGUAACUUGGACCUCUUUCUUGUUAGACAUGAAUUGGCCAUAAUGAGACUAGCUGCCUUUAUGGGCAUUACUAUGUUAGUUGGAAUAACUGGACUUUUUUAUACUCAACUAAUUGGCAUCAUCACAAUCGAGGCCCCGAAAGCCAUGGCAGCAGACCUUCUCAGAAGUUUUUGGCACUCGUUGGAAGAUCCUGUGGUUUAUUCCUUUCAGGCAGAGGCAACCACUGCGAGUUCCCUACCACUUUGCCAAUCACGUCUAAACAGAUGGAUGGUGGGCACAGAUGGGUCCUCCAUGCUGGAAAUGCGUUACAGGUUUUCUGAUAAUAGAACGAUGACAGUCUUCAAGUCAAUUAAAAUCCACCCACCAAUCUUAGGAAUCAUAAUGUGCCCCAGGCUUAAUUUUAAUAGUGAUCUUGAUCCUAUUGUGGGACUAAUACAGGAUCUAUAUUUAAGUUUUAAAGCAUGUUUACUUUCAAAUUAGCUUUCCACAGGGAUUUCUUUAAAUGCUUUUGUUAUUAAACCGUAAAGGCAGUGAUUGGGAUGAAAUAAUAGUACCUAAUUUCCUUUAGUACUGACAAUGUUACAGAUUUUAAUUUAUGAGAAAUUUCAGAUGUUUAUUUAAAUUUUUCACUCUUGAGCAGUACUAACCAAAACUGAAUUUAAUUCUUCAGGUUUUAGAAAAGGUUUUACACCUUAUAUGCAAAUUUUCUUUUUCAAAUACAAUUUAAAAUACAUUAAUACUUUUAUAUGUGCUGCAAGAUUUUUUAAAAUGCAGCAUAGAAUCGAACAACAAAAAAAGGGCAGUGUUUUCUUAGAAGUAGCUUUGUAAUGUCUUCUCUUUUUCUCUUCACCAGAAGUAAAAUAAAAACACCACUAAAGUAGAGCACCAACUACCUACCUUAUUUUAAAGGAAAGAUUAAACUUUUCUUCCAUGUUAACUUUCCCAUUUUCCCUGUACUGUCGUAACUAUUGGUUGUUAAUAUACUUGCUCCAAGGAGAAAAUUUAAACUAAGUGGGCAUGUAUUCCUAUUUUAUCCUAAAAUAUUGAUGAGUAAAAAGCAGAGAGAAUUUGUAGUAACUCCACAGGUACCUUUUCUAGUGCAGUUAUGCGAGAAUGCUUGUGUUUUAAAAUGCUAGUAUAACUAGAUAAUAUAUAAUGUACAGUAUAAAGAGAAAUAUUGUGCUUUUGAAAAAAAUAUUUCUUUUUACUAGUAGAUCUAAAAUUACACAUUGAAGGUUUAUAUAUAAUAAAUUUUGGCCAACUAAUACUGAAAUUUUAUCUAUAGGAAAUUACUAAAGUAAGUAACUUUGGUGUACCUCUAAUCAUCCAAAUUGAAAUUAAAUUUUAAUUGGCCCACUAUAAUUUGGAUUGAGAGACCUUUUUAGUAGCUAGUGUUAGGACAUGACCUUAAAAUAAGAAAAUAUAAUGAUCUGCAUUUAUCAUUAGCCUUACACAAAUUUAAACUGCUAACAGUGAUGGUCUCUUGGAAAGCAUAGAACUUUUGUGUGAAAAGACAUAUAGCAUGCUUUGAAAAAAUUCAGCUUUAAAAAUUUUUUCCAUUAGAAUACUGCAAAAUUCAUAUAUCUUUUAAAAAAAUGUAUGUACUCAGUCUUUCCCUUGAAAAGAAGAUUGAAGGGAUCUACUGUUCUUGGAGCAUAUCAAUAGUUUCCUUUUAGUUAGUUUUGAUAGAAGGGAAUCAUACCUGAGAAAUCAUGAAAAAGGUUACUAUUGUCAGCCAAUUAACUAUACUGUGGUUGGUUCUUUCAAAAAUUGUAAAUAUCUUCUAAAAUAAUAGAAUAGGCUGUUCUCAGAGAUAUAAGUACCAUGUCUUCCAUGUUCUGAUUACAGUGCUUUAUUAUUUAAAGUAGAAGUGGCAGAUGAAAAUAUGUAUUGGUGCUGAUAAGAUGCAUAGUAAAUUUAAUAUGAGAAAUAUUUAUAGAGUUUAAUGAACCACAAAAUUAGUAUAUUCAUGUCAGGCAAAUGAGUUGGCUUUUGUGCAAGCUAACAUAUUGACCAAAUUUGGCCUGGUGACAGAACUAUUAUAAGGAAGUGAUAUAUAGAUAAUGCAUAUAGAUAUCAGUCGAUACCCUAGCUGUAAUACAAUACAUGCCUUUCAAAUGAGGACCUUGAAAACAGCAAAGUGAAGAUCCCCUAAACUGCUUUAUGGGCAUGAUUAAACUUCGUAUAGUAGCGGUAGCUACCUUGAAAGUUACCUGAGAGGUACUCAGUGCCAACUUCUGCCUCAGUAAUGAGAACCAGAGGUGGUCACCUUCCCCAUUCUGGGAAUUUUUGUUUUCUUAGUUUUACCACUAGUAGGGCACAUUCUCUUCCCUCUUUUCUCUGUAUCCUUUCUGGUCCUGAUCCCUCUGUAUCUGAUUCCUGUGGUACUGGAAUACAAACUAAUACACUAGCCAAGGCAUACGUUUAUUUUGUUUGAAUGGCAGAAAUGCUGCCGAGCAAUAUAUUUAUAUAAGAAUCUAUAUUAAAGUCUAUAUAUAAAUAUAUAUUUAUACUGUAACUUUCAGUAUUCCCAAAUUAGCACACCUAACUAUAGGUUUUUUGAAUUCUUGUUAGACAGCUUGAGAAAAAACUGACUACAGUUUCCUAGGGAGUGCAUGAACUCUAGUGUUCUCUCUGCGCCCUCUUUUGGCUAAUUGGUGUAAUUAUACUGGCUCUAGAGAUUUACUGCCCCACAAGUAAAUUGUAUAGCCAUAUUCUGAACAUGUCAGAGGUCCAAAUGUAGGAGUAUAUGUACAAAAGUGUAAUAUUUAAUGAAAAUGAAUAUGUUCCUGUUCAUGAUGUCACAUCUGGUUUAUACAAAACUAUGACUACUUUGCUUCAUUUUUGUAUAUUCUUAUAUUUUUUACUAUCAAUUACAAAUUUAUAUGAGAUCAGGAUAAACAAAUGUAAACUAUUUAAUUAAUUUUAUUUUAAAUCUUAUUUUGGCAAAUUAAGUCAUUAGAAUUAGAAAAGUCAUAAUCUAUUGUAGUUAUAGUGGCAAGCAAGUAUCUAAUGUCUUUUACUGGAUACCUAAAAAAUAUGUUUAGUUUUUUUUAAUCUCAGUUUUGGAAUGAUUUUUUUUUACUGAUUCUGUUGCAUUAAAAUAAUAGAUUAAUAAUUCUGUACAUUUCUUCAUUUUUUUAAAACUUUCCUACUUAGAGUUAUAGCUGUAGCUUUAGUAGCCAAUUUAUUAUGUCUUCUGGUUAACCAUGAAAAUAAUUAUGUUGAACUUUAGAAAAUAAUUGUGAGCUGUGAGGUAACUGAUGUAAUCUAUAGAUUUGAUGAAGUAGUUCCUUAUAAACAUUCCACUUUGUUCUAAGCAAAAUGUAUUUUAAACGAUGUUUCACAUCAGCAAAGUCAUUAAUUGGGUUUCUGGAAAUCAAAGAGUUUUACCUAGAUAUUAUAAGUUACACCUCCUGAAGAAUUAUAUCUGUUGUUAUUCUUUUUGUUAAAAAUCUUUAUGGGCUCAAGAUUGUUGACAAAAAUUGACUGGUCACUUUACAGUCCAGUCCCCCAAACAGCAGGUAUUCAGUAAAAGAGCUUCUGGUACUUUGUAUCCAAGACUUAUAGUUUAAAAAUAUUAAGUUAACUGAUAUUCCAUUAUAAGCAAAAUACUAUUUUGCUUAAGAGUUGUAUUAAAAAUAUUUGUGGUUAACAUAAGCAAUAGCUGUAUUUAAAUUUUUAGUUAAUAUAUUAAUCUCUUUUAACAGAAGAAAGCAUAGUUUACUUUUAAUAGUAAUAGAAGUAGAGAGCAUAAACGUACAUAAAGUUCAAUAUAACAACACGGUUAGUUAAAACUUCUGUCAGAGUGAACAUCCAUUUUUGCUAAUAUUUCGAGGUAUUUUUCUCUAAGAAUGGUGGCUAAUUAUAGCUAUUCUUUUCAGGCUUUUUCAGGUCAUUUCUAUAUAAGUAAGUAGUUGAAGAUAUGUUUCACCCAAAAGGGUAUAUUAAUUCUGAAUGCUAAUCAUGGAGACUUAAGUUAGGACAACACUUCCAGUCAGGAAGUGCGAAUAAUUUAGAUUAUGGCCACACAACUCUCUGUGAGUUAGGCCAUGGGGCAGUUCGGGUGUUCUCAUGUGUAUUGCUGUAAAAUCACAGUGUGUCCAGCAGUGGUUUACAAUGGCAUUAAUAUUAAGAAAGCUGCUAGUCUCUCCUCUUAGUCUCUAACUACUUCCCUUCUGCUUCAUGGAGAAAUAUAUCACCUAGCUCAGAUUUACUAAACUAUUGCUGCUUCAUUAAAUAAGCUUUUGACAUGACCUCUAAUAUACUUAGGUAUAUCUAGAAUUUAUAUGGUAAAGUUUAUACUUACAAACGUUAAAUAAUUUACUAAUAGAUACAAGUGUUAGAUUUUUUUACCCAGUUCUAGUAUUGCUUUCAAAAACAUAUGUGUUGACAAAUGUAUUAUGUCAUGUACAUUUAGUAUUUUCUCCUUGCUAGUAGUAUUAACCACAUAAUUAACAAAUGAAUAUGUUAUUUAAUGUCCACAGUGUUACCUUCUAUUCUAAGAAUCAUCCUCUGAAUUAACUAUAAAUUACAAAUUUCAUUAUAUUCUGAAUUUAGUCAUUCUCAGUUGAAUUCUAGAAUAUUCUACAGUAGAAUGUGAGAAAGUAAUAGAACCAGCUUGCUUAAAGUAUUUUGAACCAACGUUGUUAUUCUACGUAUCACUAUUUAGAAUUUCCGCUGCCUUUGGGAUGAUGGUUUCACUUCAGGAAAGUGACUGUUUUCUCAGAAAUCUCCUUUCAUUUUCAUUGUACAGUUUUUAACAGUCUACUGCAUUUUUGUCUGUUUUUCAGAUAUUGUAAUGCCUGCUAGUGCUAAUUUGAAGCAGAAAUAACAAUGGUAUUUAAAGUUCUUAUUUAAAGUUUAAUGGUAUUUAAAGUCAUAAGUAUUGCUGCUAUUUUCCAUUAUCAUAUUUUUUUACUAUUAUAUUUUCUUUCUCUAGUCCACCAUAGAGGACAUAGAGUAUAAAUGAGUAGUAAGUAGCCAAAAUCGGAGAAAGAGGAUAGGGGAACUUAUUAAGAUGGAGAGAAGGCUAGACCAGUAAUGGAUAAUCAGCAAGCAUUCUCAGCAACAGGAUAAACUCGAUACCGUUUCUGUGACAUCACAAAAUCCCCCUGGUAUAAUCAUUUAGCCUUAUCUGUUCUUGAUACCAUUCUACUUUGAGUCGUUGAUGCUUGCAAGCAUUUAGUUUGAGCUAUUUAUCUAAAGAAUUUAUAUUGCUAAUUCUCUUUAGCUAGUCAGAUGCCUCUGAGAAAUAUCUUAAAUUUUAAAUGUUAUGAUAGUGUAGUGUAUGCUAGUAUGCAGGGUUAAGAAUGUGAAGGUGCAGCUUUUUAAUGCUGAGAAGAAAUAAAUAAGUUGUCCAAAGUUCGAUUGAAAAAACUGGGACCUUUUUCACAAGUCUCCUGUUGGAAAGAAAAGAUACUAAGUAUUAUAGUAAAUUUUGUUACCAGAUUAAAAACCAACAAUUUAUA